AUGGGAAUGUUGUUCCUGAUCACCCAUUAUAGACGCAUUGAUAAAGGUGGUUUGGGAUCCUGCCCCGUGGGUCGUAAAACUGUCGACUCCGUCCUUGAUAUUGAAGCCGUAGCCUUGUCUAGAAGAAUACAGGAACCCUCAGCCGCAUGGGUGUCGGAAAGAAUUGUUGAAAAUAAAUCCAGCCGUGAAGAGUGGCUGACCACCCCAGAUGAGAUAGAUUCAAGCAGUGAAUGUGUCAUGGAGUCGAUAAUGUCACUUUUAGCAACCAGCCUAGUAGCCGAAAUACCGCCUAAUACUUUUAAGCCUCUUCUCCGGCUUAAAAGAAGGGUAUGA